GGAAAAUAGCAUCAUUUGCUCGGGCGGGAAAAUCCCAGCAGACCAGACGCCAUUUCCCCGCCUGUUCUUUCCAUCUCCAAUCCCUCUCUCCUCAGCAAACCAACUAAAACUCUAGAAAGGCCAUGAAACCCUAACCCUAGCUUCCAUGGCUCCAAGGAAGAAAUCCUCCUCUUCAUCCAAGAAAUCAAACCAAAUCCACCAGUCCCAGCCUUCCAAGUUCGGAAUCCAGCAUUUCUUCGAUCGUCACACCCAAUCCGCUGCUACUUCGACUCCUCCUCAUCCUCCUCCAAAUCCCCCAGAAAUCCCGAAUUCCCAAUGUCCCAAUCCCCUAAACCUUACUCCAAACACGAAUCCCGCAGAUCCACCGAAAACCACCUCCAAUGCCGAAGAGAAUCUGUCUGAGAUCUCACCGGAUGUCUCCAAAUCAGUAUCUUUCAAGCGCUUCAAGUUCUCACCUGGAAUGUUGAUAAAGCAGACACAAGAUGAUGGAGGCGAGGAGGUCACGUGGAAGAUUUCUCCGGUGAAUGAACGGCUUCGAUCCGUCACUAAGAAUUUGCCAGAAAUGAUGAGAGUGUUGUCGGAUGCUUCGAAGCUGAAUACACUUCACCCAUGUUCGCAAAAACAGAGUUCUCCUUGUUCAUCUGGAAAGCUUGAGAAAUGGCUUUCUUCUCCAACACUAAAGGCCCCUGAAAGAUCCUCAUCCUUCACAAAGAGGGUAUCUUUUGAAGCAUUUGAUCAGGAAAAGCAGACAGAGGUUUGUAAUGGUCUUGGAAGCAGGGCUGACCCAAACAUCAAUAGCAUCGUAAACACGCAGAGUCCAUUUAGAACUCCCCCAUCUAUGUCGUAUUGUCCUGCUGAGUCCAAUGUCGGUGUUGUCUGUAAUGGAGAAUCUGAUCAUUCAGAUUCACGACAGCACAGAAAGGCAUUGCUUGAACUUUUAGAUCAAGUGGAAGAUGUCAUUGCUGUUGAAGAACCAGUAUUUAAUCACGCAAGGGAAUAUUUAUUGGAUGAUCAGGAUAAGAUGUCUCAUGAGAUGUCUGUGGGAACUGAUCCUCUGGAGAAAGCAUUAAUCAUUCCGUCAGAAAGGGUUUGUCAUGGUCAUUCCAGUGUAACUUUUCUUGUAUUGGAGGUUUCUGAGAAGUGCAGAGGUCCAGAUCCAUCAUGUGCCCAAAACCCUUUUAAGGUCCUUCGGUUAUUGAAUGAACACAGUGGAGAAGAGCGGAUUUUGCACUUGUAUGAUGAAUGGUUUUACAGUCUCAUUGGACCUGGAGAUACUUUAAAUGUGAUUGGAGAAUUUGAUGACCAGGGAAAAUGCAUUGUGGACCGUGAUGACAAUCUUGUCAUCAUUCAUCCGGACAUACUUGUGUCUGGAACACGGGUUGCUGCUAGUUUCACAUGCCCAAGACGCACCGUCCUUGAUGAGAGGCUCAAGUGUAGUGAGCAUUCAACUGCAGCAUUAAUUGGUACCUUGCUUCAUCAAAUUUUUCAGGCUGGUCUACUUCACGAGUUUCCAACAAGAGAUUUCUUGGAAGAAUAUGCAAGAAUAGUGCUUCAGAAAAAUAUUGAGAGCUUGUAUGCAUGCGGAGUGAAUGAGAAUGAUAUACAUGCGAAACUAUUUGAGGCGAUUCCUAGAAUAUUAAAUUGGCUCACUUGUCUUAGGAAUCCAAAGGAACCAAGAAUCAGUACUGUUGAUUUUGGAUCUAUUGAUGGGCAGAAAGAGGUCAGAAUAACUGAGGUUAUAGAUAUUGAGGAGAUGGCAUGGGCUCCAAGAUAUGGACUGAAAGGAAUGAUUGAUGCUUCUAUCCGUGUAAGGAUAGAUUCUGAUGUUGAUGGAUCUAAUGAGAAAGUCAUCCCUUUGGAGUUUAAAACUGGAAAAGGAACCAGUGGUCAGUCUGCUAUGGAACACUGUGCCCAGGUGAUCUUAUACACUCUUCUAAUGUCUGAAAGAUAUUUGAAGGAUAUCAACUUUGGUCUUCUAUAUUAUCUCCAUACAGAUCAGACGCGGGGGAUUCCAGUUAGAAGAUCUGAUGUUGUUGGACUAAUCAUGCGCCGUAAUGAACUCGCAACUGAUAUUCUUAAGGCAUCUACGACACAGCUUCUGCCUCCAAUGUUACGAAAUCCAAACACGUGCAAAGGCUGUCGCCACCUCAAUGUCUGCACUGUCUAUCAUAAGGUGCAUGGAGGCAACGCUGAGAGUAGUGGACUCGAUGGUGUGUUUGAGUCAUACAUUGAACACUUAACCAGUGCUCACUUUGAUUUCCUUCGACAAUGGGAUCGAUUAAUUGAUUUGGAGGCCAAAGAGACACAGGUUGCAAAGAGAGAAAUGUGGCGUUCAUCUGGUUUAAGGAGAGGGCAGAACACCAACAGCCUCUUUUCCAUGAUUCUUGAUGUUUCAAAUGAAUCCUUACCUGAAACAUCAUCUAAAGAUGGCCGUUUCUUUUAUCGUCUUGUGCGUCAAGAGUCACCUCCCUACAAUUCAGAGAUGCAAAGUGAAGACAAACUGAAUGCUGCCCCACCUAUAAUUAGCAACUUGGAUUGCACCCUCAAGCGUGGCGAUCAUGUGAUACUUAGCACAGAAUCUGGGCGUGUAGCAGUUGCAAAUGGAGUCAUAGCUGACAUUGACCGUUUUCAUGUUUCAGUCUCCUUGUCUCGAAAGCUAAGGCUUCCAGGGAGCAGCCCUUCUUCCGAGAAAGAAGAUCUCAUGCAGGAAGUUUGGCAGAUUGACAAGGAUGAAUUUGCUUCCUCCUAUGCAAUCAUGAGAUUCAACCUCACUCAACUGUUUGUACAAAGUGCGCGAAGUUCUCAUCUCAGGAGGAUGAUUGUUGACCUAGAGGCACCGAGGUUUGAUAGUGGAGGCAUAUUCAGUCAGGACCCAGCAAUAUCAUAUGUUCGGUCAGAGAAGAAUAUGAAUGAUGAUCAGCGAAGAGCUAUUCACAAGAUACUUACAGCGAAGGAUUAUGCUCUUAUUCUAGGAAUGCCUGGAACAGGCAAGACAUCCACCAUGGUGCAUGCUGUGAAGGCAUUAUUGAUGCGAGGUGCUUCCAUUUUGCUUACGUCCUACACAAAUUCAGCUAUUGAUAAUUUGCUUAUCAAGCUGAAGGGUCAGGGCAUAGAUUUUGUACGUCUUGGAAGAGAUGAAGCAGUGCAUGAUGAAGUUCGUGGAAAUUGUUUUUCAGCAACAAAAACACAUAGUUUGGAGGAAAUUAAACUGAGAAUCAACCAAGUCAGUGUCGUUGGUGUUACCUGCUUGGGGAUAAACCAUCCCUUGCUUGCACACAAGAAGUUUGACAUAUGUAUAAUGGAUGAAGCUGGACAGACAACCCUGCCUGUAUCUUUAGGGCCAUUGAUGUUUGCUUCGACAUUUGUUCUUGUUGGAGACCAUUACCAGCUACCCCCACUUGUUCAAAGCACAGAGGCCCGGGAAAAUGGGAUGGGGAUUAGCUUGUUUUGCAGGCUUUCCGAAGCUCAUCCUCAGGCAAUUUCAGCUUUGCAAUGCCAGUAUCGCAUGUGUGCUGGUAUUAUGGAACUAUCAAAUGCCCUGAUAUACGGAAACAGAUUGCGUUGUGGUUCAGGCAAAAUAGCAAAUGCCAAGCUUGAGUUUUCAAGUGCAAAGCAUAUUAUGUCAUGGCUAAAGGAGGUCCUGGAUCACAACAAGUCAGUUGCAUUUAUCAGCACAGAUAUGCUGCCUGCUUUAGAAAAAAAGGAACAUAAGGCUGUAAACAACCCAACUGAAGCGUACAUUGUCAAAGAGGUUACUGAGGAGCUGUUAAACAGAGGCAUUCUUGGGGAUGAGAUCGGCAUCAUUACCCCCUACAACUCACAGGCAAAUCUCAUCCGGCGUGUUGUUGGCACACCAUCCGUGGAGAUACACACCAUUGACAAAUACCAGGGAAGGGAUAAAGACUGCAUAUUAGUGUCCUUUGUAAGAUCCAGUGAAAAUUUACGGGCUUCUCAUUCUACUCUGCUUGGGGACUGGCAUAGGAUCAAUGUGGCUAUAACUCGUGCAAAGAAGAAGUUGAUCAUGGUCGGAUCAUGCAAAACCCUUUCAAAGGUCCCAUUGCUAAAGCUUCUGAUCAAGAAGGUUGCCGAGCAGUCUGGCAUUGUGAAUGUCUCAAAGGCAGAUAUCCAUUACCUUGGAGAGUUGAAGAAAUGCUCUCAGGUGAGUGUAUAAAAGUAGGCGGUUUUCUGUUUUCCCAAAAUUUUGUCAAUGUUUGUUUGUUUGUUUUUUAAAAUUCUUCUUAUUAUUAUUUUUUAACUUUUUUGUAAGCAUCCAUAACCAGCUGUGCUAUUCAGCUGGAGACCACUGUUUUUGUGUUCCAUCUGGAAAAUGCAAAUUAGUUAAAAGAAAAGGAUUUUGAUAGCUGACAGAA